GGAAAAUGAAAGAGGCUGUUAAGCAAGCUGGCUGAACUGCGCCGUUUUGUGCUAAACAUCUAGAUUUUUGUAAUUUUGACAAUGAUAACCUAAAAUUCACUUUUUUCCUGGCAGACUCAAUAUUCAAAGAACACAACGUUGCGUGAAAUAAAGACUCAGCCUUUUUAGAGCUGAGGUUAUCCCGUCAACCAAGUAUUCAGAUAUUUUAUGCUGACUUCUUCAAACAAUAGGGACUAGGAAGCUACAGAUCCAAAAAUGUUGACGUCCUCGCAGGCUGAUAACGGCUCCACGGUGCAGCCUCCAUUCUCGUAUCCAUUAAGAAUUAAACUCACCUUCGCCAUCUUAUACACUGCAAUCAUUUCAAUGGCCUUAGUUGGAAACAUUUUGGUGAUCUAUAUUCUGUACAAGAGGCCAGAAAUAAGAAGAUUAACAAGCUUCAUGUACGUCAACCUCACUGUGGCCGACCUACUCAUAACAGUUGUUGUCAUGCCUCAGUCGAUGGAACUAAUAAUUUUGGAUAAUCUGUGGAUCGAUGGAACAUUUGGUGAACUCCCUGCCAAGUUCAUCAUGUUUGUUUUCUUCGUGGCGGUCACAGCGUCCGUCUUCUCUCUAACAGCCGUGGCUUUUGACUUCUACUUCGGGAUUGUCCUUCCCAUGCAAAAGUUCCCUCUCUUUAGGAACAAAAAGAUCUUGGUUCCCUCA